CAGCCGCGAGCACCGGCUCGCAGCGCGCCGCUCCCCAGGUGCCAUGGAGCGUCCGGUGAGAGUGAAGACUUGGGUGGAAGAGAACCGGGCCUUCUUCCUGCCCCCCGUGUGCAACAAGCUCCUGCACCAGGAGCAGCUCAAAGUCAUGUUUGUUGGGGGCCCCAACACCAGGAAGGACUACCACAUCGAGGAGGGUGAGGAGGUGUUUUACCAGCUGGAGGGCGACAUGGUUCUCCAAGUCCUGGAGCAAGGGAAACACCGAGAUGUGGUCAUCCGGCAGGGAGAGGUAUUCCUCCUCCCUGCUGGGGUCCCCCACUCUCCCCAGAGGUUUGCCAACACCGUGGGACUGGUGAUUGAACGGAGGCGACUGAAGUCCGAGCUAGAUGGGCUCAGGUACUACUUGGGGGACACCACAGACGUCCUGUUCGAGAAGUGGUUCUACUGCGAGGACCUUGGCACACAGUUGGCUCCCAUCAUCCAGGAGUUCUUCAACUCUGAGCAAUACAAGACAGGAAAGCCCAUCCCUGACCAGCUGCUCAAGGAGCCGCCGUUCCCCCUGAGCACGCGAUCCAUCAUGAAGCCCAUGUCCCUGGAGACCUGGCUGAACGGCCACCGCAAGGAGCUGCAGACAGGCACACCCCUCAACCUGUUUGGAGACACCUAUGAGACCCAGGUGAUCGUCCACGGACAAGGCAGCAGCAAAGGCCCAAGACAGGAUGUGGACGUGUGGCUGUGGCAGCUGGAGGGGUCCUCUGUAGUGACAAUGGGGGGACAGCGUCUGAGUCUGACCCCCGAUGACAGCCUCUUGGUGCCAGCCGGGACUUCGUACACCUGGGAACGAGCACAAGGCUCUGUGGCCCUGUCAGUGACCCAGGACCCCGCCCACAAGAAACCCUUGGGGUGAUCCUCCUGCUGCGGCCCAAAGCAGCCACAGGGUGUGCCCAAGAGCCACCCUAACAAAUAACUCACCCAGAGGCCACCCCCUUCCUGGUGGCUUCUACGGUACUGCUGUUAAGUGACUCAGUGUCCCCUGCACUGGGCCCAUCACUGUCUAUCCUCCUCCUGUCCUCUCCCCAAGUGCCAGGUCCUGGGGUGCCUGUAGCUCCCUUCUCCUCUAAAACCCUCAUCCAACUAUCCUGUACCGUUCCACCGGGUGGUCUCUCCCCGAGGCCUCUCUGUCCUCCUUCCCCACAGGCGGAGCUCAGCGCUGCCUGCCGCCAAGGUGGCCUCAAUAAAGGUUUCCUGACUGGUCAACACCUGUGGGUCGCUUGAACACGGGCCAUUGUCCAUGGCAGACCUGUGUGCUCCCGUGCGUGCAUAUGUGUGUGUGUGUGUGUUGUGGGGUUCAGGAACACAGGGGUCCUGCACAUGUGGAGCUUCUGUUAUCCAUGUCCCUGCCUGGGGACACCAAGUGGCCCUGAACCAUGCAGACUCCAUGACUUGUCCUCUUUCUCUGUCCCCACUUAUUCUUUUUUAUGUUACUAAAAGACAGAGCAUCUGUUGGCUUUUUGGCUCCCCCCGCAAAUAACAGUAUUGAUUUGUGUUAAUUGCAGAAAACAGAAACAUAUUAAAACACAA